GAACCUAAAAUAGCAGUCAGUAAGCAGUGACAUACUGACAGUGUUGUGGUACUAAAGGCACAAGUGUCUGCAACUCAGAGCAAUGUGGUGCAUGGAAAGUUUGCUGAGGAGCCUGUGAGGAUAUAAGAAAGCUCUUUCCUACAACUCCUCUUGCAUCUCACACAAAGUUUGAACUUCAGAAUCUUCAGAAAUCCUACGACUUGAAGCUACCCAGGAAUAUAAAAGAUACUUAUGAGUAAAAAAGAUUAUAAAAGAACACAAGAUUUUAUUUGCAACAUCGGUUUUCCUCAGAAGAGAAGCUGGAAUCAAGAGACACAUCAUAAUGAAUUGUGGCUUGUUGCUACCUUUUGUCUUGGGAAUUCCUCUUCUUUGGCAUUGCCUUACAGCAACAGAGAACUCCAAAACACAGAAAAUGAAGCAACUAGUGGCUCCUCAUUCAAGAGUGAAGCGUGGCUGGGUGUGGAACCAAUUUUCUGUACCAGAGGAAAUGAAUACCAGUCAUCUUGUUGGCCGGCUAAGAUCUGAUUUAGACAAUGGAAACAAUUCUUUUCAGUACAAACUUCUGGGAGCUGGAGCUGGGACUAUUUUUACUAUUGAUGAAAAAACGGGUGACAUCCAUGCCGUACAGAGGCUUGACAGAGAGGAACAAUCCCUUUACACCUUAAGAGCUCAGGUAGUCGACACCACCACUGGGAAGGCUGUGGAGCCAGAGUCUGAGUUUGUCAUCAGAGUUUCGGAUGUCAAUGACAAUGAGCCAAAAUUCCUAGAUGGACCUUAUGAGGCCACUGUACCAGAGCUGUCUCCAGAAGGAACUUUUGUCAUCCAGGUUACAGCAAGUGAUGCUGAUGACCCUUCAACUGGCAACAAUGCUCGACUCCUAUACAGCUUACUACAAGGCCAACCAUACUUUUCCAUUGAACCAACAACAGGAGUCAUAAGGAUAUCUUCCAAAAUGGAUAGAGAACUGCAGGAUGAGUAUUGGGUAAUUAUUCAAGCCAAAGAUAUGAUUGGUCAGUCUGGAGCACUGUCUGGAACUACAAGUGUAUUAAUUAAACUUUGGGAUGUUAACGACAACAAGCCUAUAUUUAAAGAAAGUUUUUACCGCAUGAGUGUCUCUGAAUCUGCACCCACUGGGACUUCUAUAGGAAAAAUCAUGGCACAUGACAAUGACAUAGGCGAGAAUGCAGAAAUGGAUUACAGCAUUGAAGAGGAUGAUUCACAGACAUUUGACAUAGUUACUGAUAAUGAGACCCAAGAAGGCAUAGUUGUAUUGAAAAAGAAAGUGGAUUUUGAGCACCAGAACCACUAUGGUAUAAGAGCGAAAGUCAGAAAUCGCCAUGUGAAAGAGCACCUCAUGCAGUAUCAUACUGAAGCUUCCACAACUUUCAUUAAGGUCCAGGUGGAAGAUGAAGAUGAGCCUCCUGUUUUUCUGCUCCCUUAUUACAUCUUUGAAAUAUCGGAGGAAAAUCCACAGAGAUCAUUUGUAGGCAUGGUAUCUGCAACAGACCCAGAUCACCAGAAAUCUCCGAUCAGGUAUUCCAUUAUCAGAAGCAAAGUGUUCAGUAUUGAUGACAAUGGCACAAUCACUACAACUAACACACUCGACCGGGAGAGCAAUGCUUGGUACAACCUAAGUGUUGCAGCCACAGAGAUAUACAAUGUACAGCAGAUCUCGUCAGUCCCCGUAUAUGUGCAAAUUCUUAAUAUCAAUGAUCAUGCUCCUGAGUUGUCUCAAUACUAUGAGACUUACGUUUGUGAAAAUGCAGACCCUGGUCAGGUAAUUCAGACUAUCAGUGCAAUGGAUAGAGAUGAAUCUGUAGAAGACCACCAUUUCUACUUUAAUCUCUCUAUGGAAGACAAAAACAACUCAAAUUUUAUCAUCAUAGACAAUCAAGACAAUACAGCUGUAAUUUUGACCAAUAGAACUGGUUUUAGCCUUCAAGAAGAACCUGUCUUGUACAUAUCUAUCUUAAUUGCGGACAAUGGAAUCCCAUCACUCACAAGUACAAACACCCUCACAGUGUAUGUCUGUGAUUGUGAUGACGAUGGAAACACUCAGUCCUGCAGUAACAAGGAACUUGCGCUUUCCUUGGGAUUCAUGAUGGAAGUCAUAAUCGCUAUUCUGAUCUGCAUUAUGAUAAUAUUUGGGUUUGUGUUUUUGACCUUGGGCCUGACACAGCGGAAAGAGCAGCCUCCGUUUCCGGAGAAAGGUGACGGCUUCCGAGAAAACAUUUUCAGCUACAACGAUGAGGGGGGCGGGGAGGAAGACACAGAGGCCUUCGACAUCGUGGAACUGAGGAGCAGCACCGUCAGGCGCCCACGCCGGCCCCUGCAGGCGGGCCCGGACAGCGCCAGCGCCGACCCCCGCAGCCUGUACCGCCAGUCCCUGCAGGCGGGCCCCGACAGCGCCGACCCCCGCAGCCUGUACCGCCAGUCCCUGCAGGCGGGCCCCGACAGCGCCGUGUUCCGGAGGUUCAUCCUGGAGAAGCUGGAGGAGGCGGACGCGGACCCCUGCGCGCCUCCCUUUGACGCCCUGCAGACCUACGCUUUCGAGGGCACCGGGUCGAGCGCCGGGUCCCUCAGCUCCGUCGCUUCGGCCGGCUCCGAGCAGGAAGAAGACUAUGACUACCUUGCGGACUUAGGCCCUCGCUUUCAACGACUAGCGUGCAUGUUUGGUUCUGCAGUGCAGUCCCAUAAUUAGAGGGUUUCGCCGUCGAAAUGUGGAAAGUGCUCACGUGCGUUUGGGGAAGACGUAGUCUCUUGGUCAAGAGCGACGUGGCUCCUCACGAGAAGAAACUUUAAAGCCCAGGUUGAGCCGAAUAGUUUUCUGAUGUCCUUGCAGUAAAUGGUCCAUGUUAUUUCAAGCCACUCUCCUGUUGUCACUAACAACGGGCUUGCCUACAAUGAGCUACUUGUGCAUGGCUCAAAUACUCUUCCGGACCUUCCAGUGUCAUCCAGUGACAGCCCAUGACAGUGUGAACAGCAAAUUUGAGAGAGGCAAAAAUUUAGGCUUGCUUAAGAUUAUUUCAGUUAUCCUUUUCAUUUCCUUCUGACAAAGUAAGAGUGAAUUGUUCAUAUUUGUUAAGUUCUUGGUAUUAGAGAUAAGUGUUGAAACCUAGGAGAAUCUGGCUGAUUGCAUACACAUUUUAUAACAUGUACUCUAUAUGAAGAAGCAGGCUUUGGGAUUCUAUGGGUCAUUCUAGCUUGAUAUUUUACAAUCUUUGUGAAGAUCUAAACUGUAAUUUCAAUUAAAAUGUUUUCAGUUUUGGAUAGAUGCUUGGUAUGUAUUAAUUAAUCAGAGUUAUACAAGUAAAUCGGUGUCAUUUUUUUACACUAUGUCUUUGUGUUUAAAUGGGGCAUGAAAAUAUAGUUAGAAAUUUGCAUAGAUUAUUAUCACAGGCAGCCCAAGAUACACUCUUACCAUGGCAAAUAUGAGUCAUGAUUUAUUCACUUUUGAAUUCAGAUGUUAUGAAGCUAGAGACAAGUUUGAAAGAUGUUAAGAAAGUUUAAUCCCUACUAAAAAUGAUACAGAUAUGUGGAAGAGGUAUUGGUUGCAAAUGUGAAUUACUAUUCAUCCUAAAGUUUAUAAUCAACUGCACUGAUUCUUACCUUUUACAGAAUAAAAGAAUAUACAAUUCUUAGCAUUUUGUAUUCUGUUACGAACUUAGGAUAUAACUGAUCCUUCAGUGUCAUUUUCUUUUAUUGCUCCGUAUGAAAUUAGGUGCAGUAGUUACUUUUAUUGUGGCAUUAUGAAGGAAGUAAAUGUUAAGCUGUUGGACAUAAAGCUUUAUGGUAAUAUCAGAUAAUAAGACAAUAAAACACUUUAAUUUUAA